AUGUUGCAAGUAGUACUUUCAGAUGAAUAAAACUUGUCUAUUUCGCAGGAGUUAUCUCAUUAGGGUGGCAGUUUCAGGAUUUCCAAAUAGACCUUAGUGAAAAUAGUCAGUGCUGCUCAGGAACGGCUGUUUGCAGAGGAGAUUGAUGAAUUAGAAAAUAUUGACGGUUUGCAUAAUCUGGAAAUGAGUUUGUGCACUAGUUUCAGUAAGGGAUUGAAAGGGGAUGAUUUUAAGGAGAGAGAGGUGCUCUUUGGGAACAACCGGAAACCUGUCAUUCCACCAAAAACAUAUCUACAAUUGCUCUUACAAGCUUUAGAGGAUUUCAUCAUGAGAGUGUUGCUGGUGGCCUCAAUCAUCUCAAUAGUAAUUGGAGUUUCCACAGCCGAUGAUAGUCAUCGUUCGUUAGCUUGGAUUGAAGGAUUUGCGAUUUUCGUGGCUGUAUUCGUAUGCUGCAACGUGACUGCAGUGAAUGAUUACCAAAAGGAAAGAUAAUUUCAAAGUUUAAAUUAGAUGGCUGAUAGUAGAAAAACAGUAACAGUAUGGAGAGAUGGGUGUAAAAUGGAUUUGCAUCAGAGUUUAGUGAUGGUGGGAGACAUAAUUUAGAUAUUUGAAGGUAUGGAGAUACCAGCAGAUUGUUUUGUAGUUGAGGCAGCUGAGUUAACGAGUGACGAAAGUGCUAUGACAGGUGAGACCGAUCCAAUUAAAAAGGAUACCUAUGAGAAUUGCAAAAAGCAGAGAGAUAAAUUAAAAGAUCAACAAAACUCAUGUGGUAGACACGAUGUAUCGUCUCCAGUCAUGCUGAGUGGUACCAAAGUGCUCUCAGGAGAAGGCAAGAUGAUAGUGGCUGUCGUUGGAGACUCGAGUUGUGUGGGAAAGAUCUCUUCUUUGCUUGCAACUGAGGAUAUCCAAACCACUCCCUUAUAAGAGAAAUUAGAAGCCAUCGCCUAAGAUGUUGGCAAGUUCGGUCUUGCAAGUGCUGCAUUGAUUUUGUUUAUAUUGCUCUUAAGAUUUGCAGUGGAAAGAAUUAAAGAAAACUCAUUUGAAAAAGAUCAUGUCAAAGAAAUGCUUAAUUUCAUUAUCAUUUCUAUCACAGUCAUUGUAGUUGCAAUUCCUGAAGGAUUGCCAUUAGCUGUCACUCUCUCUUUGGCUUAUUCUACAAAAAGAAUGCUGAAGGACAACAACUUAGUUAGAAAAAUGGCAGCUUGUGAAACCAUGGGAGGAGCAGACAUGGUAUGUUCAGAUAAAACAGGUACGUUAACUUAAAAUAAAAUGUUUAUGGUCUCUAUUUGGAAUGAUACUCUUAUGGAUAUUGAUGUUUAUAAUGAGUAAUUGAAUUUAAGUACUUACUUCCCAACUUAAAUGCAUGAUUUAUAUGUCUAAACAUCAAUUGUUAAUGGCACAGCUAUGAUCAGACCAGAAGAAAAAGGUAGUAAAACUGAAGUAGCCAUGAUUCUAUUUGCUGAGAAAUGUGGGAUCAUCUAUGAAAAGGAAAGAGAACAUCAUGUUGCCAGUAUGAAAAUACCAUUUUCAAGCAAAAGAAAAAGAAUGGCUAUGAUCAUUGGAAAAAGAUUAGUUAUAAAAGGUGCUAGUGAGAUCAUCUUAGAAGGUUGCAAUAAACUACAUUCAAAAAGUAGAGGAAUCAUCUCAAUUGACUCUACCAUUAGAUAAAGUAUUGAAAAAGCUAUAGAAAGCAUGGCAUCCUAAUCUCUUAGAACCAUUGGAUUAGCCUAUAGAGAUUUGAAUGGAACUGAAGAUCUAGCUAGCAAAAAUGAUAAGGGUGUUUAUGAUGUUGAAACUGAAAAUUUGACUUUAAUUGCUAUCGUAGGAAUCAAGGAUAUCCUAAGACCUGAAGUCCCUGGAGCAGUUGCUAAUUGCAAAACUGCAGGCAUCAAAGUAAGAAUGGUGACUGGUGAUAACAAAAUCACUGCCAAAGCUAUAGCUAAAGAAUGUGGAAUUUUAAUUGAUGAGGAACAUUCCUUAGUACUAGAAGGUCCUGAUUUUGUUAAUAGAAUUGGAGGUGUGGUUUGCAAAUGGUGCAAAACAGCAACUUGCGAUUGUCCAAGGGAUUAAUCAACUGCCAAACAAAUUGGAAAGCCAGUUAGAGUAGAUACUAUUCAAAAUGGAGAAGAAUUUGACAAACUCUACCCUUUCCUAGAUGUCUUGGCUAGAAGUAGACCUGAAGAUAAGUAUGCUCUUGUCACAGGACUUCUAGAACGAGGACAUGUUGUGGCAGUCACUGGGGAUGGUACUAAUGAUGCUCCUGCUUUAAAGAAGGCUGAUGUAGGAUUUGCUAUGGGUAUUGCAGGCACAGAGAUGACAAUUUUAGCCUCAAUAGUCAAGGCAGUGAUGUGGGGAAGGAAUAUCUAUGACUCAAUUAAGAAAUUCCUGCAAUUCCAAUUGACUGUCAAUGUUGUGGCUGUUACAUUGACUUUGAUAUCUUCAGUGUUACUUAAGUAAGAAGUUCUGGAACCAAUCCAAAUGUUAUGGGUCAAUUUGAUUAUGGAUACCUUCGCAUCUUUGGCUUUGGCUACAGAGACACCUACACCUGAAUUGUUGUAGAGGAAACCUCAUAACAGAAAUGAGUACAUGAUUUCGUAAAAGAUGUUCAAACACAUUAUAGGAUAGGCUAUUUAUUAGAUGAUCAUUAUGUUGGUGCUAUUGUUUUCGGCCCAAGAUUUUAUUCCUGAAUAUCACGGCCAAGAAGAUGGCACUUCAGAUUUUGAAGGGAAAUUGUAAUACAAAUAUUCAAAUACCUUGUAUGAUGCAAAUUUGAAUAGUCACUCUUGUCCUAAUCAUCAAGAUUACUGCAACUUGAUUUCUUUUAGCACCGACUACUAUGUGGAUGGUUCCGAGAAUUAUGAAACCUUCUACAAGGAAACAUAUAUCCCAUCUAGACAAUUUACUCUGAUAUUUAACACCUUCGUGAUGAUGCAACUAUUUAACUUUAUGAAUGCCAGACGAAUAAAAGAUGAACCAAACAUCUUUCAAGGCAUUUUCACCAAUAUCUUAUUCCCAAUUAUAGUUAUAGGAAUUCUGACUUUACAAAUAAUUUUAGUUACAUUUGGAGGUAUCGUCUUCCACUGCUAUACCUUUUAUGGAUUAAGAAUUGAAUAAUGGUUAAUAUGUGUUGCUUUUGGUUCCGGAGGACUAUUUGUAAGAAUGAUUCUUAGACUUUUGCCAGACCCCAAAUUAGCCUUUUUGGAUAAGUUGGGCCAUAAGGAGAAUGAAGGUCAUAAAGUGGCAUCCCCAACUGCUCAGAACAACGUUAGCUAUCAAAUUUAAGUAAUUCGCUAAGAAUCAGAAUUGGCUAAUCUUAAUGAUCAUGCUCAAGAAUCUAGAAUGAUUUGA